AUGGCGGGCGACUUUAACUGCGUCCAGUGCCCUCUCCUCGAUCGGUACGGCAGUUACCGAUCGCACCGAUCGGAAAGCCCUGCCCUGGACGCGGCAGUUGCGACACUGGGCUUGGCGGAUGCGAGAGAUCUUCGGGAUCAUGCGGAUGACGAGGGCACUGGCGAUCCUACUGAUCAUUUCACUUACUGGAAUGGGGACCGUGCCAGUCGCAUCGAUCGUUUCUAUGUGCCUGAGGGGUGGGUAGGUCGCGUGCUGUGGAUUGAAGCGCGGGUGCCAUCCAAUCAGUCGGACCAUCAGGAGGUUGUGCUACACCUACGUGACCUGAACAAACCUCGUUCGUCAUGCCGGCAUGGGCGUGUAACAUAUCCGAUUCAUUCAUCGAACCCUGGCAGGAUCGUUGACGAACUCGUCGCGGAAAUGGACGGAAGGGCUAUAGGUCAGAGCGUUUCUACCCUCACUUGGGACGCGGAUGUCACAGAGUGUCAACAGUGCGUUCGACGCAUCCGGAAGCGGGUCAAACAGCGCAGAGCGCGAUUUCGUCGGAAGAUUCAGGGCAGAGCUCGGCGACCUCUCCUGACCCGGCCGCAAUUUAUCUCCUGCAAUAUGGAGGAAUUACGGCAGGAACAUCUGGUGCGACUGGGCCAGAAGCUCGCCAGGACGGCUGACCAGUUGCGCUAUUUUUACAAGCGGGUUGCCGACUGGGAACGCAAUCAAACAGUCACAACAAUUUCGCGCAUCCACGGCCCGCAUUUUACCCGGGAUAUGACUAAUGCGGAUAAAUUUGCCUCCGAAUGGUCUACAGUCCUUGGCAAAGUUCAUUGCCAGGAGGAGAGAGUGGACUUGCCGUCAGCCAUUCGCCGUUUUGUCAAUCUACCCACAGACCGAGUCUUGUCUUCUGCCGACAACCGGGCUCUCUUGGCUGAUUUUUCGGAAGCGGAAGUCCUUGCAGCCGUUUCUGGGCUCAGUCGACAUAAGUCGGCGGGACUGGACGGGCUCAACAACGAUUUUUACAAGGAUACGUCUGCACUUCUUGUCCCCGCCCUGGUCCAGCUCAGCAAUCAAAUUUUGGCUGGAGCUGAUCCCCCGCCUUCAUUUCUCGAAGCUUUGAUCAUACCCUUGCGAAAAAGGGAGACUCGGCGGAUGCGAUGGAUUACAGACCGAUUUCUCUACUCCAAACCAGCUACAAGAUCUUUGCGAAAGUGCUGGCAACACGACUGCAACGCGUAUUACCAAAAGUCAUUGGUGACUCGCAGCAAGGCUUCGUACACGGACGCCAGAUGUCUAAACUAG